GCUGCUGCUGCCGCAGCCUGUGCGGUGUUUGCUCUUUUCACGCAGAGAAGACUCCUGCACACACACACACGCACAUACAUGUACAUGAACGAGCAGCCGGACACCGACACCGGACCCCGGGAACAUGGUGGCGGCGGCGACGGCGGGAACAACGAGCUGCUCGGUGCCGUAGAUGAGAAGAAGCAAGGCGGCGCGAGGAGGAGGAGGAGCUUCACUUAACAACAGACACAGCGACAAUGAGGGGAACCUGAACACAGCAGCUUGUUUCUAAGCAACAGCAACAUAGUGUGUGGCAACAAAAAUCAUGGGCUACAAGAUUCCUGGAGCAGCGAUGGACCGCGUCAGCCUCCUGUGGCGCCUGAGGCGUCGCGCUCGCCGCGGUGCCCUCUGCAUGGCCUUCUUCUGCGUCUCCAUGGCGCUGCUCUAUGCCAUCUGUGCCGAAAACAGCGUUCCCGUCACUGAUGCCAUCUUCGGGGUGCGGGCGAGGACGCGGGCUCAGCCUCGUACACACUCUGUCAUCAAGGUGCUGAGGAGCGGAGCUAAGCCAGCGUUCAUCGACCCUCAGAAAGGUGUCGUCCCAGGUGACCCUUACCAGCCAAUGCCUGUCCUCUCCUCUCCAAACUUUACCACUGACCACAGGGAGGUUCCGUCCAGGAGGAAGUCCAGAGAGCGUGAGCCCUCCAGGUUUUUUGCUCAUUUGCUGCCACGCCCCUUCACCCGUGCGCUGGAAACCCUGUUUGGACGGCGUCGCAGGGGCGAGCUGAGCGGUAGAGGUGGCGACGCCGAGUUCUUUGGGCCUAGCGGGCCACUGGGACAGGUGUGGGAUGACGAGAUGUCCAGUAGCAUGCUGGGAAACCGUCUGAGGAAGGUGGUGAGGAACUAUCAGGCGAUGAACAAAUAUGGAGUCGAGGUUUCAGGUCCCGGUGGUGUCUCUAGUCGGCCGAAGCUCAGCGGCCCCGAGCUUCUCUGCCAGCUGAGGGACAAGGCAGAGGUCGCAACCUUGACCUCUGAACUUCAGCCCUUCUCAUCACUGCCAUGGGCCUCCCUGCUGCCAUCGAAGCCGCUGACCUCUGACCUGGGGCCGUACAGGAGCUGCGCUGUGGUGUCGUCAGCAGGAUCGCUCCGCCACUCUGGACUCGGCAAAGAGAUCGACUCCCAUGAUGCAGUGCUGCGCUUCAACACCGCACCCACCAACGGCUACGAGAAAGACGUCGGCUCAAAAACCACCAUCCGCCUCAUCAACUCACAGGUGAUGGCGUCCGAUGAUCAUCGAUUCCUGUCCAGCUCUCUGUACAGCUCAGGUGCUCUGGUGGCCUGGGACCCCGCCCCCUUCUCCGCUGACCUCACUCAGUGGUACAACAGGACAGAUUAUCCAAUCUUCAUCCAGUACCAAAGAUAUCGCCGACUUCAUCCCCUGCAGCCAUUUUACAUUCUUCAUCCUCACUUUGAGUGGCAGCUGUGGCAGCGAAUCCAGGACAACAUGGCUGAACCUAUCCAGAAGAACCCGCCCUCCUCCGGAUUCCUGGGCACCGUGCUGAUGAUGUCGCUGUGUGACGUCGUACACGUCUACGAGUUCCUGCCGUCUCGGAGAAAGACGGAGCUGUGUCAUUAUUACCAGCGUUUCUAUGACUCCGCCUGCACGCUUGGGGCGUACCAUCCUCUGCUCUACGAGAAGAACCUGGUGAAGCGCAUGAACCGAGGCUCCGACCACGACGUCUACACACAGGGACGCGUCACACUGCCGGGGUUCAGCAAGUUGAACUGCAGCCACGCUGCUGUGAACUGACACACACACACACACACACA